UUGCAUUUUAUAUUUUCGGAAUGCGACAUGGGCAUUUUGCUUGCUAGAUGGGUUUGUCUGUCUUCCCAAAUAAAUAACCAAUUAAGCUCUCCUACCUUCCCCUACAUAUUUCAAGUCCGAAGCACCAACAUCAUCUUCUCUGAAAGCAAAGCAAAGCAGACAGUCUGCACAAGAACAUCCAAAUCGCUGCAGCUCUCGCCACUCUGCUUCGACUCCAGCUCGUGCUAUUUUCCACACAAGUUCCUGCAGAGUGCAGAAGAAUCCACCAGAGUGAAGAUGCUUCAGAGGCAUGGAUUCUUCAAGUUCAGAUUCUCCUUGUAGCUGCAAAUGAAUGAGCAAAAAUCUCAUCGGCUCACUCAGCUGCGACCAGAGAAAUAAAAAUCCCUCUGAUAUCUCUGCUAGCGAGGCAGGUCUGGUUUCUUUCUACACAUAGUCCUCUCACCACAUCUUUCUCAUCAAUCUAGUAGCUUGCCUUCUUCCAGGCCAGGUGACAACAAGGGAAGCCUGCCGAGGCCGAUUUUUUGGUUACAUAUUCUCUGCACCAGUAAUUUUCCAUCCAUCGUUUAUUCUUCCAAUUCUAGCUUCCUCUCUGCAUCUCUGGUUGCCCUCUUGUCAGAGAUCGCAAUCAUAUGCUGGCGCUGCGCAGUUGCAUGCGCGAAAAACUGAGGUGACGGAUCGAAAGACAAAAUAGAGUUGCAAUUAAUUCGCAAAGCACUUCACUUUGGAAGUUUGGAGGGAGGCAUCCUGUUCCAUCACUCAACCAGUCUUUCUUGGUUAUCAUCUGCCUGCCACGACCCUUAUUGUGGUGUCGCUAGUCGCUACCACAUAUAAUUCUCUCCUUGUCAGCGUCAGAUGAGUGCACGGCCCUGCUGCCUCGGCGCCGCGCACCACGCGCACGUGGGGGUCUCUUCUUCUUCUUCCUCCUCCUCCUCCUGGCCGUCCAUGGCGCCGGGGAUCGUCGUCGACUGCUCCAGCCUCAGCUGGCUACUCUUCCGCGUCUUCUUCACCUACGACAUCCACAACUUCGCCAAGCCCACCAUCUAGCACACAGCAGCAAGUCAUCAUCUUCUACUUAAUAAUUAGCUUGUUUGGCACAGCAGCAACUUGUCCCUUGUGUUUCCUGCAACCGAGCGAUCGAGCUCGAGCAUGUCCGGGCCACGGCGGUGCGGCAGCCGGCGGCCGGCGGUAGUGGGCGACAACACCAACGGAUACGUGGAGACCGAUCCCACUGGUCGCUAUGGCCGGUUCGAGGAGCUUCUGGGCAAGGGCGCCAUGAAGUCGGUGUACCGUGGGUUCGACGAGGAGCGCGGCGUGGAGGUGGCGUGGAACCAGGCGAGCCUGAGCGACGUGCUCCGGACCCCCGACGCCGUGCAGCGCAUGUACUCGGAGGUGCAGCUGCUGAGCACGCUCCGCCACGACGCCAUCAUCGGCUUCCACGCGUCCUGGGUGGACGUGCCCCGCCGCACCUUCAACUUCAUCACCGAGCUCUUCUCCUCCGGCACGCUCCGCUCCUACCGCCUCCGGUACCCGCGCGUGAGCCUCCGCGCCGUCCGGUCGUGGGCGCGCCAGAUCCUGCGCGGCCUCGCCUACCUCCACGGCCACGACCCGCCGGUCAUCCACCGCGACCUCAAGUGCGACAACCUCCUGGUGAACGGGCACCAGGGCCAGGUGAAGAUCGGCGACCUGGGCCUCGCCGCCGUGCUCCGGGAGGCCGGCCAGGCGGCGCGCAGCGUGAUCGGGACGCCCGAGUUCAUGGCGCCCGAGAUGUACGACGAGGAGUACAACGAGCUGGUGGACGUCUACUCGUUCGGCAUGUGCAUGCUAGAGAUGCUCACCCUCGAGUACCCCUACAGCGAGUGCUCCAACCCCGCGCAGAUCUACAAGAAGGUCACCGCCGGAAAGCUGCCCGACGCCUUCUACCGGGUGGACGACGACGAGGCCCGACGGUUCAUCGGCAGGUGCCUGGUCGCCGCCUCCAAGAGGCCGUCCGCGGCGGAUCUGCUGCUCGACCCUUUCCUCCUCGACGACCAUCAGCCAACAUUGUCGCCGCCUGCUGCUUCUGCUGCUCCUCCUUCUUCGACCUGCGGCAGUUCCGAUGAUGAUGUUUCGUCGUCAAUCAUAGGCGAUGAUGCAGAUGCAGAAGCAGAACCACCAAGGACUGACAUGACCAUCACCGGCAAGCUGAACGCCGAGGAGGACACCAUCUUCCUCAAAGUACAGAUCGCCGAGGAGACAGCAGGGAGUAACAAUGUUCGGAACAUCUACUUCCCGUUUGACCUGGUGAGCGACACGGCGACGGAGGUGGCGGAGGAGAUGGUGAAGGAGCUGGAGAUCAGGGACCGGGACCCAUCGGAGAUCGCGGCCAUGAUCGAGCACGAGAUCCAGAGGCUGCUUCCGGGGCGAAAGCAGCAGCACGAGUACACUCUGUACGCAGCGGCACAGGAUGAUGACGACGAAAACGUGGAGCACCCUCCUCCUUUCUACUACCUCUCCUCUUCCCCCACCUCCUCCCAAGGCUCUGUCUGCGGAGCGGGACCCGGAUGCUUCUCUGGCCCACAAGGCAGCGCCUGGUCUAAAGAUCAUGGGUACUACUAUGCUUCUUUAAGCGACGACGAUGACAUGUCCGUGCACUCCGGUAAGUACUCUGCUCUGCAUUACGCCUCAGGGAAUGAAGAUGAGGCCCAACCACCACCUGAAGAUGGAGGAGGGCCCAGUGGAUACUCAAAGGCCCAGCUCAAGAACACGAGAUUCGGCCCAGGAGAGAGCCCAAGAAGGACAGAUACUGCUGCCGUGGAGAAUGCCAGAAUCAGUAGCUCCCAGCUAGCUCGGCAGCUGCAGCGACAAUGCAGCAUGUCACCGCACGCCGGCCGGCCGCGACGGCGGGAGGACGACGACCGCCACGGGAGGGGGAGGAGGAUGACGCGGAACCGAUCGAUGGUGGACAUGCGGAGCCAGCUGCUGCACUGGACGCUGGUGGAGGAGCUAAAUCGCCGCCUCUUCUUCAACACCGUCGGCGCCGUCGAGGACAUCGGAUUCCGAGCGCCCACCGCCACCCCCACGUCGUCGUCGACACGCGGCAGGAGGAGCAAAGAUGACAAGCGUCACCAGUACGUCUUGCUUUGACUUUGAGUAAAUGAUUUUUUUUUUGUGUACUUGGUGCGAGCGGAAGCCCUAUGCAUGACUCCGCACAAAUGCACAAAUGUACAUGUAUAGUCGUUCUGGAAAAAAAAAAAGGUACAUGCAUAUUGCCGAGAGUGUAGGCUAGCAAAAAAAAAGUAGCGUAGCUGUGUAUUAGCCGGUAUGUUUGGUUAAAGCUCGCAAUGCUUAUCAUUAUGUACAUUAUUGUACCAAGUAAUGUGGAGAAACAAUACUCUUGCACUA